AUGAGUCCAUCUAAACAAGAAACUGAUACUGUCGAUACUUUAAAUUCUGCUAGAUCAAGAACUAGAUCGCCAUCUCGAAUUGAUUAUUCUAUUGAUACCGAAGGUAUGGUCCUUCCAAAAGAUAAUGAAGAUGAUGAAGAGUAUAGGGAAGAGGAGGAUGAUCAAUUAUUGUCCAAGAAAAGAAAGCAAGAUGAAGAUGGUGAUGAUAAUGACGCCGAAUAUGACGCUGAUGAUGUUUCAACAACGAGGAGAAAAAAGCGCAAUACUGAUGGUAAGGUACGUAGCAAUUCAGUAUCUGAUAAUGACAGGUCCAGGUCAGCCUCAGUUUCCGUGCCAGCAGUGGAGAAAAGAGGUAAAAGUGUAGUACCAAUUGAUAAAAAUGGUGAACCUUAUAUCCUUGAGAAUGAGGAGUAUGUCCUUCCUAUAGACGAAGAAGGUGAGGAAAAAAUUACAAAGGAUGGUGACCUUCUAGGCGGUAGAAAAUUUAUGGUGCGUACAUUUACUGUUUUAGGCCAUGGUUCUACAAAAUUUAUGCUUGGUACUGAACCAGCAAGGGCAGUUGGUUUUAGAGAUUCAUACUUAUUCUUCCAAACUCAUCCAAAUCUUUAUAAAUUUGUUAUUACUCAAGAGGAAAAGAAUGAUUUGAUAAAUAGAGGUGCAUUGCCAUAUUCAUAUAGAGGUAGGCAAAUUGCGCUUGUAACUGCAAGAAGUGUGUUUAGAGAAUUUGGUGCAAAAAUUAUUAUUAAUGGUAAAAAUAUCACAGAUGAUUAUUAUGCUAAACGAUUACGCCAAGAAGGUAAUGUAGUAGAAGGAACAUUUGCUCGUGAACCUCCUAAAAAACCUUCUCAUCCCCAUAUGAAGUAUUCGCAAGCAGAUGUUUUAAAUGCUGCUAGUAAUCCUGCUAGGAAUACUGUUGAAUUUUUUGAUAGAAGGCAUCACCAUGGGGGAAGUACUCUAACUAGCGCAAACAUGACACAAGCUACCGGCAAGACACUAAACUCAACGAACUGGUUAUAUCAAAAUGCAGCAGCCUCAAGUAGGUUUAAUAGUGAUAUGUAUUAUGAUAGAGUACGCAUAUUAUUAAUAGAACAACAAGGUAUGAGAGAUCCAUACACAAAUACAGUUCACUUACCACAAUCCACUCAACCAACAAGGGUUAUUGAUUGGUCUAAAAUUGAAGAUACAAAAUUAGAAAAAGAUGAACGAUUUUCUAUUAUUAACGAGAUUAGAAUUCAAGACUCAGACUUGACUAGAAGUUUUACAGGUCUUUCGGAUAUACCGAAAGAGGUCUACGAAGGUUUAGUAUCAGAUGAUAUCAAAAAAGCUAUUGAGGAACAAAUUGAUUUUGAAAAUGGCAAAAUAUGA